GCCAUGAUGAUAGUUCCCAGAAUAUUUUCUUUCCUUCAGUUUUUCACUCUUUUAUAUCUCUUUAUAGUUACUUUUGCUUCCACUGAGGAAGCAACUGCUCUCCUCAAAUGGAAAGCAACUUUCCUGAAGCAGAAUAAUUCCUUAUUGGCUUCUUGGACAUUAAGUACUAAUGAAUGCAGGGAUUGGUAUGGAGUUAAAUGCUUAAAUGGUAGGGUAAACAUGUUGAGUAUUACAAAUGCUAAUGUGAAUGGUACACUCUAUGAUUUUCCAUUUUCAUCUCUCAGUUUCCUUGAAUAUGUUAAUCUUAGCAUGAACCAGGUCUCUGGCACCAUCCCACCUGAAAUUAGUAAGUUCACUAAUCUUGUCUAUCUUGACUUGUCGGUGAACAAUCUUUCUAGUUCAAUUCCCAAAACUAUAGGCGACUUAACUGAGCUCAAAAUUUUGUAUAUUUAUUCUAACCAACUUUUUGGUCCCAUUCCUAGUGAGUUGGGGAAUCUGAAAAACCUCACUGAUUUGCGAUUAUCCCAUAAUCAGCUUACCAGUUCAAUUCCAAUUACUCUAGGUAACUUAACUGAGCUCAAAAUUUUGGAUCUUUCUUCUAACCAACUUUCUGGUCCCAUUCCUAGUGAAUUGGGGAAUUUGAAAAACCUCAAUGAGUUGUCACUAUGUCGUAAUCAUCUUACCAGUUCAAUUCCAAUUAUUCUAGGUGAAUUAACUAAGCUCAAAAUUUUGUAUCUUUCUUCUAACCAACUUUCUGGUCCAAUUCCCAGUGAAUUAGGGAAUUUGAAAAACCUCGUUGAGUUGUCAUUAUCCCGUAAUCAUCUUACCAGUUCAAUUCCAAUUAUUCUAGGUGACUUAACUGAGCUCGAAAUUUUGUAUCUUUCUUCUAACCAACUUUCUGGUCCCAUUCCUAGUGAAUUGGGGAAUUUGAAAAACCUCACGGUGGUGUCAUUAUCUCGUAAUCAUCUUACCAGUUCAAUUCCAAUUACUCUAGGUGACUUAACUGAGCUAAAAAAAUUAUUUCUUUCUUCUAAUCAACUUGCCGGCCAUUUGCCAGACCAGCUUUGCCAAGGUGGGAAACUUGAGCACUUGACGGUGGCUAACAACAAGCUAACAGGGCCAAUACCAAGUAGCUUGAGGAAGUGCUCUAGUUUCAAAAGGGUUCGCUUUGAUAACAAUAGUUUCAUUGGGAAUUUAUCUGAAGCUUUUGGCAUCUAUCCACAGCUUUAUUUCAUUAAUUUGAGUGACAAUGAUUUUUAUGGUGAACUCAAUAGCAAUUGGGGGAAAUGCAAGAAUUUGACUAAUCUGCAGGUAGCCAGAAAUAACAUUAGUGGUAGCAUACCACCAGAGAUUGGAAAUGUCAAAGGACUUCUAGGACUUGAUCUUUCAUCAAAUCAUUUGAUUGGGCAGAUUCCUAAGGAAAUUGGAGAUUUAACCUCUCUAGUGAAGCUUUUUGUGCAAAAUAACAACAUUUCUGGCAAUAUACCCGGGGAACUUAGGUCAUUGACAAAAUUAGAGUCCCUUGAUCUAUCAGGCAAUAGAUUGAAUGGGUCGAUCCCAAUCUUUUUAGGAGAUUACGUGCACUUGUUUCAAUUGAACCUAAGCAACAACAAAUUUUGGCAGAAAAUUCCUAUGGAGAUAGGGAGGAUAACUCAGCUUAAUGUACUUGAUUUGAGCCAUAAUCAUCUUGUUGGAGAUAUACCCCCUCAGUUAGCUAAUUUGAAGGUUUUGGUAAGCUUAAAUCUUUCCCACAAUGGCCUCUCUGGCCGCAUUCCUGAAGAACUUGAAAGUUUGACUGGUUUACAGGAUGUCGUGUUGUCAUACAAUGAGUUGGAAGGUCCAAUUCCUUAUAAUAAAGCUUUUAUCAAUGCCUCAUUGAAGGGUAAUAAAGGCCUUUGCGGAAAUGUAACAGGACUCCAGCCCUGCGAAAGGCCAUCUUCUGUGGUUAAGAAGCAUUCAAUGGCAAAGAAACGUAAACUCAUCCUCAUCACUGUUCUUCCUGUUAUGGGAGCACUAGUACUACUCUGUGCUUUCAUUGGUGUUCUAUUUAUGUGUGAUAAAAGAAGGAAAGUUAGAGACGUUGAAAGACGUGAUGAUAGUUGGAUUUCGAUAUCCAUGUUAGAUGGAAAGGCAUUGUACAGAGAUAUCUUAAACACCACAGAGGAGUUUGAUGCAACAUUUUGCAUCGGGCAAGGAGGGCAUGGAAGUGUUUACAAGGUAAACCUUCCACCAUUAGGGAAUAUAGCUGUGAAGAGACUUCAUUCUUCAUUUGAGAAUACACAUCCCAAAAGCUUUAUGAAUGAAGUAAGGGCAUUGAUUGGGAUUAAGCACCGGAAUAUUGUGAACCUCUACGGCUAUUGUUCGAAUGCACAAAACUCGUUGUUGGUUUACGAGUAUGUGGAGAGGGGGAGUUUGUCUAGUAUUUUGAGCAAUGAAGUUGAGUCCAAGAAAUUAGAUUGGCUUAAAAGGGUGAAUAUCAUCAAAGGUGUUGCUUUUGCUUUAUCUUACUUGCACCAGGAUUGUUCACCAUCGAUUGUUCAUCGAGACAUAUCAAGCAGAAAUGUUUUGCUUGAUUCUGAGUAUGAAGCUCGUGUUUCAGAUUUUGGCAUAGCUAAGAUUCUCAAGCCAGACUCAUCCAAUUGCACUACACUUGCAGGCACAUAUGGCUAUGUUGCACCUGAGCUUGCAUAUACAAUGAAGGUUACACAAAUGUGUGAUGUCUAUAGCUUUGGAGUAUUAGCAUUGGAGAUAAUCAAAGGAAAGCAUCUUGGGGAAUACAUUACUGUGCUAGCAAAUUCGUCGACUAGAGAUUAUGUGCCGCUUAGCGAUUUGCUAGACGAAUGCCUUCCGUAUCCUAAAGAUAGAGUAAAAGGGGUUUUGGUUUUUAUCAUCAAACUAGCAAGUUCUUGUUUGCUUGAAACUCCAAAAUCAAGGCCAACAAUGCACUUUAUCUCUCAUAGGUUAUCAUCAAUAAAUCCACGUCCACCUACUCAUGUAAGGCAAGCGAUAUAAUCCCAGAGAUGUGAGGUGUCUUUGUAUGAAAAUGAAUAAACUUUGAAACCAAGUGGUUGUGAGUAAGUUAUUUUGAUGAGACGGUCCGUGCCAAAAUUAUUACUGGGACUAGUAUUAUUGUAUUGUCAGGGUGCUUAUCUGGUUUAUUGUAUUAUAGUGUAUAAUGUAGAAGGUAACUGUUCCUUGUGCCAAAAAGCAAUCAAAACAAGUUUCAUAUUUGCUAAAUACUGAUAUUAUGGGAUGGAAUAAUUGCUUCUAUCCAAGUGACGAGAGAGUCAAUUUUGGAAAAAAAGGACAUCAAAUUCGUGCUGCCAUUAUUUUCUAAGUUAGUUGAGUUCUCCAAAUUGAAUAUUGUUUUGAAUACAAUAAAACUAAGUACCUAAUUUUAGAAAAAAAGGACACCAAGAGAAUAGUUUGAUAAUAAGUAGAUAUCUAUUUUAACAGGCAGUUCUGAACUUUUUCUGCUUGUGCAUCUUCUGUUGUCCAACAACGUAUUAACUAAAUUUCUUCAGCAUUUAACACAUCUGAUUUUUGUUUUAUUUUUUUUCAUUCCUAAAUUGGAUACUUAACCUUACCCCAUUCGUCCUAGAUAUUCCAACUGUAGGACCACUAAGCAUGGUGAAGAGCUGGAUAUUUUUAGAAGGAGAAUUGAAAAUGCUAAAUUUAUUAAGUACCUACCCUUCUCUUGGUCUGCUACAUAAAAGAGGAAGUUGAUAGAGCUAAAACUCACCAGAAAUUCCUUGAUAACUUAUAUUUAACAAAGUUUAAAAUGUCUAGACUUGUAACUUUUUAUUUAUUGAGGCGGCACAUGUCUGUUUCUAUACGCCAUUAAUUGACAAUUUCGUGCCUACCUUAGUGGAUAACUUUAUAUUCAUAUAUGUGAGGCUACUCUAUAUAUAGACCAAUAUUGGAAGUAGAAUACUUUGUUUUAGAUCUCUUCAAGUAGCUGAGAACUGAGAAGGAAAAAUGGCAAUUGGCGGCAUGGCUGUGGAUGGACAAGUUAGCGAUAACCACUUUCACACGAAGAUAACAUUUGUGGUUUUCACCACUAGCUUUGUUACUGCAUCAGGUGGCCUCAUUUUCGGAUUUGAUAUUGGAAUUUUAGGUGGAGUGACAACAAUGAGGCCAUACCUUGAAAAAUUCUUCCCAUCAAUUUUGAAGAAGGUGUCAUCUGCUGGUGCUGAAACAAACGUGUAUAGUAUAUAAGACAGUGAGGUUUUGACUUCUUCGCUCUACAUUGCUGGCCUGGUCAUGUAUCUUGCAGUUGAUCGCCUCACGGCAUCCAUAGGAUGAAGAAACAUAAUGGUAAUAGGAGGCUGCACUUUCUUUGCUGGUGCUCUUAUCAAUGGUGUUGCUCAAAACAUUUUUAUGCUCAUCUUGGGUCGCAUUUUGAGGUAGAAAAACAUAGAGUCUAGUAAUCUUAUAAUGCAGGGUAAGGCUAUGUACAAUAGACUCUUGUGGUGCGGCCCUUCCCUGGACCCCGAGAUAACGGGAACUUAGUGCACUGGGCUGCCCUGUACUGGUAGUGUGAAAAUUGUUCAUAUCGCCAGUCAUUAUUUCAGUUAAAAUCAUUAUUUUGAUUCAAAUUAACUUACUGAUAAAAUUAAAACUUCAAUGUAAAGAUUUCUAAACACUAAAAUUGAAGGUAUUUAAGAACAUGCAUGAUUUAUAUUUUGCCAAAAUAAGUAUUUACCAUUUGUAUUUUUUAUCAUCAUAUAAAGGGACAAAGGAGACAUAGUUUGGAAGUAUACUUAAUUACCA